AUAAGAUAAAGUGCGAAAACGAACUCCAGGCGUGUUGUCUGUUUUGAUCGUGAUGUUUCGAUAUAAAUUCUGAUGUUUGUUCAUGAGUGCACUUAUAAAUUGGUGAAAUCUGCUACGCACAUGUAAAAAUGGAAAACAGCGAAGACACUAGGAAUGGGCUGCAGAAGUCCAAAAGACAACUGAAGAGGAAGAGUGAGGAAGGAUCCACAACUGACAGGUGCAACAGUGGAAAUUUUUCACAGAAUGACAGUCCCAAACUGAGAAAGUACAGUCACAGAAUUCCACUACCUGAUGCUGAACAGUGCAUUGGUGAUGACAAAACAAUUCAAACUGAGAUAAAGGAAAAUAUGCUUCUCCUCUCCUGUCAAUCCCCUGGGUAUGCAGUAAAGCCUUCAAAAGGUAUCACAGAGAAAAACUACAGAAGAAGCAAAGACAGGAAGAAGCCUCUUGUACCUCCAUUGAAUGGCUUAAAUGAACACAGAGGGUUCAGUGAAUGUACAACUGGUUUCAUACUCUCCCCAAGAGCUGAUAAACCCUACCAAUGUCACUUUUGUACCAAGCAAUUCAAGUACUUCAGUAAUUUGAAAUCUCACAUGAAUAUUGUCCACAAGAAAAUGAUAGAAAACUCCCCCAAGGACAGUAAGACAUCUGCAGUGGGAAGUGGACAAGUAUUUCAGUGUGAAAUUUGCUUGAGAAACUUCAAGUAUUUUAGCAACUUAAGGACACACAGGCUUGUUCACACAAGUGAAAUAGAGACCUGCAACUCUGAGACUGACUAAAAAUCUUUGAAAGCUCUUCUAGUAUGACUGGAGAGCAGUUUUGACUUAAGUGAUUAAGUAAUGCAUGUUUGCUUUGGUUUUGGAUCUGUACGGUAAAGCCCUGUCCAAAUGGCAAAUGCUUGGUGGUCAAACGCGAUCAAACAUUGUUUGGUGACCAAACAUUUUCCCAUUUGGACACCUUGU